UUCAGGAUGCAAACUGCACUAGAGACACACUGGUCCAUGCUAUAAAUCAUUACUAAGCAACUUCAAUGAAAACAAACAAGAAUAUAACAUCACAAGUGGCGCCCAUUGUUUGAAGAUAAUGCCAACUUGCCCUACAAUGACUUAAUAAUCCCAAUAAUCAAAUAUCAAACAUCUUAGAAUCACUUGAAAACAGAGCAAUUUUGCACCUAAUCAUCAAACCGUACUUUAAAACACUGGGCCCCAUUCAAAUCUCACUCAGGUCUCUGAUUGGCCUUGCACGAACUUUUCCUGUAGCGAAACCAACAGCUGAUUCCCCCGUACCGCUCCGGUGUAGUUAUCCGCUUGUGGGUCCCACCCAUCACUGGUCCCGAAACAAAAGUCCACGUCACGUCUCAAGUGGAAGAGAGACCAAAGUUUGGACGUGAUAAAGAAACCAGCCAACCACAGCGCAAGAUCUUAUCCUGGGAACGCUGAGGUGGCAGACACGAUCUAAAGCCAAUCACUAACGAUCAAGAUCUUAAUCUGCCCAUUGGUUCGGCCUGCUUCCAGAGCCGUCCAUGCGUCAAGAUUCGUGUCCAUACGAGCCCAUCUGACCGCUUCUGUCGCCGCCUAAGACACGGAUCGGAACAAAUCCCACCGCUGCUGCGCCAGUCCAAACACCGCCGAACAUAUCCAACCAUUCAGAUAUCUCCACGUCAUCAAAAAUCACGUGGAGUGGUCGAACAGAGUGCCUGUACCCUGUGGCUGUGCUUGAAUGAGAGGUCUGAUAUAAAAAAUGGAAGCAAGGUUGGAAAAGCGAACCCGAAUCAGUCCACGUGGAUAUUUGGACAGACGAGAUUUGAGCAUCUAUUUGCACUUUCCCCCUCAAAUACUUUAAUAAAAAAAAAUAAUAAUAAAAGUACCACAAAUAUCCCCAAAAGCCCCCUCCCAUCGGAAUCCCAUUCCCGGAAAAAUAUCUUCUACCGCCACCGCCACCGCCACCAUCGCCACCACCACCUUCUUCUCCGAUCGAAACCCUAAUUCUUGGAUCGUUCUCGCUGUCGGUGUUCAAUGGGGGAAGAAGCUGAUCCUCUCGAUUGUGAUUUGCUGAUGGAUGGAUGUGAAGAUGGGGAUGGAAGGAGGGUUCUCGAAUGGGAGAUUGGGCUUCCCAGCGCCGACGAUCUCACACCGCUUUCUCAGACGCUGAUCACGCCGGAGCUCGCAUCGGCUUUCAGCAUCACGCCAGAGCCUUGCCGGACGAUACUCGACGUCAUACGGGCAUCUCAGAACACCGUCUCUAACCUCAAGCGUAACUCGGCGUCCUCAUCGUCCUCCACCUCGGCUCUCAAAUCCUUCCCCCCUUUUCCUUCUCCAGCUUCCGAUGAUCCGAUGGUCCUUGCGAGAGAUGAUGAUCCGGUGAAUCCGAAGGUCGACGACGGCGAAUCAGAACCAUCCCGGAAGGCACGGAGACAGGACUCUGCCGUGAUGGAGGAUGGGGAUUCUUCUGCUCUCCGGCAGGAGAAUUCCACCGAUGAUCACUCGGCCCGAACUCUCAAGAGGCCACGGCUCGUUUGGACCCCUCAGCUCCACAAGAGGUUUGUCGAUGUGGUCGCCCAUCUGGGCAUCAAAAACGCGGUGCCGAAGACGAUCAUGCAGCUGAUGAACGUGGAGGGGCUCACGAGAGAGAACGUCGCCAGCCAUCUUCAAAAGUAUAGGCUGUACCUAAAGCGAAUGCAAGGGCUUUCAAACGAGGGUCCAUCCUCUUCCGACCAUCUGUUCGCAUCCACGCCAGUCCCACAGAGCUUGCGCGAGCAGCAGCCGAUGCCAGUGCCGAUGCCAUACACCAUGCCCUCAAUGUUCCCCAUGCCAGUUUAUGGAAUGUCGCAUCAUCAGGGACAUAGCCCUGUGGCAAUGGUACCUGUCAACAAUCACCAUGGAGCUGGAGCUGGAGCUGGAGCUGGAGCUGGAGCUACCAUGGAUUUGAGACUCUCCAUCAUCAUCCCUACGGAGCUGCUUUCACUGAGAGGACCAGGGAUUGCUCCUGAGGUAACUAGUUAGGUUCAUUGUUUCAUAUAUCCUCAUGCUACCACUAAUGAUGAUGAUGAUGAUGAUGAUAAAUAAAAGAUUGAAGUUUUUGCUCACUGUUUCAUGCAAAGAUGACCUUUUUUUUGGAUUGUUUGUGUGGAAUGAUCAUACUCAAUGCUGAAUUUCUUGAGAUUGUUCUCUGUUGCAUGUUGCAGUGAUUUAUCUAU